CUUAUAAAUGUUUAUUUGUAUAUAUUGCUCUGUCCAUGUACAGUUAUUACGUAAACAAAUUCUUCCUGUUGUACUUUUAGAUCCGUCAUGAUCCGUCGGAUAUACGCAUGCAGCCUACGACCCUAAGAAUGUGAUACUCAAAGCAGAAGAUGUUGUUUUCACUGGUUGUCGUCUGCGCCUUGGUGUGCUCCACAACAGCCAUACAGUUUUGCUUACCAGAGAUGUUGUACGAGUUCGCCAGCGAUUUGACGCCCACGUUUGGGUCUGGAUAUGUGCAGAUUAGUCCAGUGAGCUCCGUGCCCAUUACUGGGGGAGUGGCCAAUUUCGGGGGUACCGGGACUAUCAAAUACUACAAGCUGUCGGCCAUGGACUGGAGGGGAGACAAUCUGCUGAGCUUCACGUUUCAGCCAACCGAUCCAAGCCUAGUGGCUGACGUCAGUCUCAUGUCAACGUCCUUGGCAGACAAUGCCGGGAGUCUGAUGGUCACUUGGUCAGCCAAUCAGGUCAAGCUCAAGGUAAUCCUGCGUCUGUGGAACACAACCACUCUUCAGUUUGAUACAAGAACAGAAAUGCUAACUAUUUCUGGUUUGGAUCUGAGCGUCGUACAGUCUGUGCGUGUGACCCUAGAAGCGACCAGAAUUCGAUUCCAGUCCAGUCCCCUGAUUGGAGGAGGAGCCCCUACACCGCUUACACUCAAUCUCCGGCACGAUGAGCAUAUUAAGAUCAUUGGCUGGGAUCCACUGAUAUUUGGAGCAGGAACUCCAACUCGUUAUUCAGGGAUCUUCGAUGAGUUCGCAUAUUUCAAAUGUAUACCAGUUGAUGCCUUCGUCCCAUAA